AUGAUUCUGCAGGAAGUCAUCCUAUGUGCUACUGCACCCCAGCCCUCCGCAUCUGGCUCAGGCUCAAUCGUUCUCCAUGAUAUACAGACCGGUACGUCGCUCGCGUCCUUCAAGCAAUCCAGCUCUGCGCCGCACUGUACUUCAUUCAUCGAAACGCGCGACGGCCAAGGAGGGUUCAUCCUCGCCGCACAACAGGACAAAUCCAUCCUAAAUGUUUACAACUUCCAAAAGGACCAACUCGCUCUUAAAAUAGUCUUACCUGAGAGGCUUUCGUGCAUUGCGCUAGAUAAUUCGGGAAGUUUCUGCGCAGGGGGAACGACCCAAGGUCGAAUAUAUCUGUGGGAGGUCGCGUCAGGCAUAUUGUACAACUCUUGGGACGCCCAUUACCGCCACGUUAAUGUCCUCAAAUUCACACAUGACGGUGCUGCCCUUAUCUCAGGCAGUGAUGACUCUGGUGUCAGUGUCUGGUCCGUGGCAAGACUUGUCGACGAUGAUGCGCAAAAUGAACUUCCGACGCCAUAUUGUACACUAUCAGACCACACCCUACCCGUAAAAGACAUCGUUUGCGGCCUCGGCGCAUUCCCUACUUGUCGUGUCCUCACCGCGUCCUUGGACCAUAGUGUCAAACUCUGGGAUCUGUCUUCUCAAUCCUUGUUGACCACCUUCCACUUCCCGAAACCCAUAUCGUCAGCGGUUUGGGACAUCACCGAACGCUUGUUUUUCGCUGCAUCACCAGAUGGCUCCAUAUACCAAGUCAAUCUUUUCCGCCAGCGAACUGAAAAACACGCUGGUCAGACGAUUGAAGCCGUUGGAGGCGCAGGCGUCAGCGAUAUCAUCCGCGUCGCCGAUGAGGACAAGCAGCAGCACCAACCGAUAACAGCCCUCACUAUCUCCUUUACUAGCUCGCUUCUUCUUGUGGGCACCGCCGCGGGGCUCAUCCACCUCUACGACAUCGCCUCCCACCAGCUCCUGCGUACCAUCUCGACACACAAGGGCCUGUCAAUAUCCCAUCUCGCUACCAUGCUGAAGCCACCGGACCUCGUCGGGCACAUUAGCCUGUCCCUCAACCUCGGGAGCUCCGCUGAUGCGAAGGACGUCAUCCCCGUGCACCCUGUUGUGCCGUUCCAUCGCACGAAGGAUACCAAGGCAAGGGAGGCGCAUGAGGUGAUGAUGAUGCUUCCUGUGCAGGACGAGACCCCUGGAGGCAUACCAAGCGCGUAUGACUACCCCGAAGCCGAGUUCCAACGGGACUAUGCGUUUUUCGUACAACCCAAUGCCAUGGGCACAUCAGAGGCAUCGAGUGCGCGCGUUGCCGAGCUUGAAGCUGAGAUCGAGAAUUUGAGAGAACAACUUGGGAAGGCGAAGGGGAUUAACGACGUAAUGUGGGAGACGGUCGUGCAGAAGGUCAUGACGCAGGAAAAGCAAAAAGUAGUUGUGGAAGGCGGGAGUGCUACUGUACCACGUGAGGUCGAGGAUCAAGAUGAUGUAGAGAGGCCGAGAAAGAAAGGUAAGAAGACGGAAGGUAACAAGUAA